GAUCCAACAGUCUGCCUUUGUGACCCUGGAGCUGAAGAAGCCACAGGCAGCCGGCCUGGACUAGAAUCUUUGAAAGAGACACCACAGGAGACCCCAGGACCUAAAAGCACAGCUCUCCCAAGAGCGGAAGCAAGUUGGAGAUUGCACAGUGCUUUCUCUGGACGUUAUACACAGACGUGGCCAAUCUGGACGUACGUGUGUGCCACUGAGAACUGUAACAGCCAUGUGCUAUGCCCAGCAAACGCCAAGUGUGUGAACGACACCCACUGCACCUGCCUGGAUGGAUACCAGACAAGAGAGAAUCACCCCGUCUUCUUCACCGACACAACAGAGAUCUGUGAUGAUAUUGACGAGUGUCUGGGGCUGAGCCCGCCAGGUUGCGGACUCAAUGCAAAGUGCAUCAACAUGGCUGGGAGUUACUACUGCACCUGCAUCGAUGGCUACGAGCCCAGCUCUGGGAAAGCCAACUUCACGAAUAACAUCCCCUCUUGUGUUGCGGAUAUUGACGAGUGUCAGGGCCACGCAAACUGCACCAAUGUGCCUGGGAGUUACUACUGCACCUGCAUCGAUGGCUACGAGUCCAGCUCUGGGAAAGCCAACUUCACGCAUGCGAGUGAGAACACCUGCCAGGAUAUUGACGAGUGUCAGGGCCCGAGCCCGGCAGACUGCGGACCCCACGCAAACUGCACCAACGUGCCUGGGAGUUACCACUGCACCUGCAUCGAUGGCUACGAGCCCAGCUCUGGGAAAGCCAAAUUCACCCACGCGAGUGAGAACACCUGCCAGGAUAUUGACGAGUGUCAGGGCCCGGCAGACUGUGGACCCCACGCAAACUGCACCAACGAGCCUGGGAGUUACUACUGCACCUGCAUCGAUGGCUACGAGUCCAGCUCUGGGGAAGCCAACUUCACGCACGCGAGUGAGAACACCUGCCAGGACAUCGACGAGUGCCGCAAGACCCCAAAUAUCUGCGCCCCGAAGGCCACGUGUAUCAACAGCAAUGAGAGCUACUGGUGUGAGUGCCGGGCCGGCUACAUCCCCUCCAACAGGAACACGACCCUGUGCGAAGAGCUCACCUGCCCCCGGCUGCCGGAUGAUGACAACUCUGCCGAAGCCAAGAACCUCCAGGGCAGCUUCCCAGCACAGGUGGGACGUCUCUGCAAGGCGGCGCUGGAGGAGCUGAAGCAGAUGAAGGCUCAGAGCGCUGAGUCUGUGAUGGGGCAGCUGCAGGGCUUCUUGGACAUUCUGGAGAAGCAGAUAAAUCUGGUCGGGCAGCAGAGCGAGAACGUGGAGCGGAGACACUGGAUCGCGACGGAGCUGAUGGCCACAGUGGAGAAGCAGUUAAGAACACUGGCCAUGACCCUGCCUGACAGCACGAUCAGUAUCGCAUCCACCAACGGCACAGAGCUGGGGCUGGCGGUCAGGCAGGCUGGGAACCAGAGCCAGGAGACCGUGACGCUGCAGCAGAGCAAGACACAGAUGGAAUUAAAGUGGGCCGGAGUCCCAGGGCAGGAAAAUGAAGGCUUCACGCUGGCCGGGCUGCUGACAUACCAGGGGAUGAGCCCCAUCCUGGACGGUGCUGGGCGGGUGGAGAUGCCCAAGUGGGACAAGAUCGGCCAGACGGGGAAGCGGGCACAGGAGCCGGGGCGGCCCAGCUACCGUGUGCUGUCUCCAGUGGUGUCGGCCUUCAUCAGUGACCCGAACCCCCAGGCACUCGGCCUCUCUGUCAGCAUCCGCUUCAGCCACCCGGUGCCGGAGAACAAGACUGACCUGCGCCUCCUCUGCGCCUACUGGGAGCCUGACAGCAGGCGCUGGGCCACCCACGGCUGCACCCUGCAGAACUUGACCACCACCAUCACCCGCUGCCAGUGCAACCACCUGGCCAGCUUCGCCGUGCUCAUGGCCUUCUACGAGCUGGAGGGGAGUUACACACUGACCAUCAUCACCUACGUGGGACUGACCCUCUCCCUGCUGUGCCUCUUCCUCGCCAUCCUCACCUUCCUCCUGUGCCGCUCCAUCCGCAGCGUCAGCACCUCCCUCCACCUGCAGCUCUGCCUCUGCCUCUUCCUGGCCGACCUGCUCUUCCUCACCCCAGUGACACGCACUGGCAGUCCGUGUCCUUGGGCUCUCUGUCUCCCCCAGGUGGCGUGUGCUGUCAUUGCUGGCCUCCUACACUACCUCUUCCUGGCCUGCUUCUCCUGGAUGUUCCUGGAGGGGCUGCACCUCUUCCUCACCGUCAGGAACCUGAAGGUCGUGAAUUACACCAGCGCCAGCCGGUUCAAGAAGAGAUUCAUGUACCCGUUCGGCUACGGAUUCCCAGUCCUGGUGGUGGCUAUUUCUGCAGCCGUGAAUCCUGAAGGCUACGAAACUUCCAAACACUGCUGGCUCAGCCCGGAGAGAGGCUUUCGUUGGAGCUUCCUGGGUCCAGUCUGUGCCAUAAUCCUGAUAAAUAUAACGUUCUUUGCGCUGACCCUGUGGAUCCUGAGAAACAGACUCUCCUCCCUCAAUGCAGGUGUGUCCACCCUCAGAGACCACAGGUUACUGACCUUCAAAGCCAUCGCCCAGCUCUUCAUUCUGGGCUGCACAUGGAGCCUUGGUCUCCUCCAAGUCGGCCCAGCAGCCACGGUCAUGGCGUAUUUUUUCACCAUCGUCAACAGCCUGCAGGGAGCCUUCAUCUUCCUGGUGCACUGUCUCCUCAAUCGCCAGGUGAGAGAGGAGUACAGGAGAUGGAUCAAGGGAUUCCGAACGUCCAGCACAAAAUCUCAGACUUAUGAUCUAUCCAUGUCUGCUGUCCCCACCACCAGCACAAAGACGGAUCUCUCUCCUAUCACUCCCUAUGUCACUGGGCUCUGCAUCGCCCUGUGCCUGGGGGGCACCGUGGCCCAGAAUCAUGGCAUACAAGGUACCACUGAGGACUGCAACAACCAUGUGCUAUGCCCAGCAAACGCCAAGUGUGUGAACAACACCCACUGCACCUGCCUGGAUGGAUACCAGACAAGUGGGAAUCACCCCGUCUUCUUCACCGACCCAAUGGAGAUCUGUGACGAUAUUAAUGAGUGUCAGGGCCCAAGCCGGCCAGACUGCGGACGCAACGCAAACUGCGCCAACGUGCCUGGGAGUUACUACUGCACCUGCACUGAUGGCUACGAGCCCAGCUCUGGGAAAGCCAACUUCACAAACGCGAGUGAGAACACCUGCCAGGAUAUUGACGAGUGUCAGGGCCCGAGCCCGGCAGACUGCGGAGCCCACGCAAACUGCGCCAACGUGCCUGGGAGUUACUACUGCACCUGCAUCGAUGGCUACGAGCCCAGCUCUGGGAAAGCCAACUUCACUCACGCGAGUGAGAACACCUGCCAGGACAUUGACGAGUGCCAGCGAAACACCAUCUGUGAGCCCCACGGGAACUGCUUCAACAUGCCAGGGAGUUACAUGUGUAAAUGCAGUUGGGGAUUUGGGAAGAGUCAAAAGGAUUCGUCUAAGAUCUGCACAGACAUCGACGAGUGCCGCAAGACCCCAGAUAUCUGCGGUCCCAACGCCACGUGUAUCAACACCUACGGAAGCUACUGGUGUGAGUGCCGGGCCGGCUACGUCCCCUCCAACAGGAACAGGACCCUGUGCGAAGAGCUCACCUGCCCCUGGCUGCUGGAUGGUGACAACUCUACCGAAGCCAAGAACCUCCUGGGCAGCUUCCUGGCACAGAUGGGACGUCUCUGCAAGGCGGCGCUGGAGGAGCUGAAGCAGAUGAACUCUCAGAACGCCAAAGGGAAGCUGCAGGGCUUCUUGGACAUUCUGGAGAAGCAGAUAAAUCUGGUCGGGCAGCAGAGCGAGAGCGUGGAGUGGAGACACCAGAUUGCAACGGAGCUGAUGGCCAUAGUGGAGAAGCUGCUGAGAACGCUGGCCCUGACCCUGCCUGACAGCACGAUCAGCAUCGCAUCCACCAACGGCACAGAGCUGGGGCUAGCGGUCAGGCAGGCUGGGAACCAGAACCAGGAGACGGUGACGCUGCAGCAGAGCAAGACGCAGAUGGAAUUAAACUGGACCGGAGCCCCAGGGCAGAAAAAUGAAGGCUUCACGCUGGCCGGGCUGCUGACAUACCAGGGGAUGAGCCCCAUCCUGGAAGGUGCUGGGUGGGUGGAGGGGCCCGAGUGGAACAAGAUCGGCCAGACGGGGAAGCAGGCACAGGAGCCCGGGCGGCCCAGCUACCGUGUGCUGUCUCCAGUGGUGUCGGCCUUCAUCAGUGACCCGAACCCCCAGGCACGCAGCCUCUCCGUCAGCAUCCGCUUCAGCCACCCGGUGCCGGAGAACAAGACCGAUCUGCGCCUCCUCUGCGCCUACUGGGAGCCUGACAGCAGGUGCUGGGCCACCGACGGCUGCACCCUGCAGAAGUUGAAUGCCACCAUCACCCGCUGCCAGUGCAACCACCUGACCAGCUUCGCCGUGCUCAUGGCCUUCUACGAGCUGGAGGAAGCGACUCUCAGUCUCAACAUCAUCACCUACGUGGGACUGACCCUCUCUCUGCUGUGCCUCUUCCUCGCCAUCCUCACCUUCCUCCUGUGCCGCUCCAUCCGCAACAUCAGCACCUCCCUCCACCUGCAGCUCUGCCUCUGCCUCUUCCUGGCCGACCUGCUCUUCCUCGCUACCGUGACCCACCCCAGCAGUCAGAUGGCGUGUGCUGUCAUUGCUGGGCUCCUACACUACCUCUUCCUGGCCUGCUUCUCCUGGAUGUUGCUGGAGGGGCUGCACCUCUUCCUCACCGUCAGGAACCUGAAGGUCGUGAAUUACACCAGCGCCAGCCGGUUCAAGAAGAGAUUCAUGUACCCGUUCGGCUACGGAUUCCCAGCCCUGGUGGUGGCUAUUUCUGCAGCGGUGAAUCCUGAUGGCUACGGAACUUCCAAACACUGCUGGCUCAGCCCGGAGAGAGGCUUUCGUUGGAGCUUCCUGGGUCCAGUCUGUGCCAUAAUCCUGAUAAAUAUAACGUUCUUUGUGCUGACCCUGUGGAUCCUGAGAAACAGUCUCUCCUCCCUCAAUGCAGAUGUGUCCACCCUCAGAGACCACAGGUUACUGACCUUUAAAGCCAUCGCCCAGCUCUUCAUUCUGGGCUGCACAUGGAGCCUUGGUCUCCUCCAAGUCGGCCCAGCAGCCACGGUCAUGGCGUAUUUAUUCACCAUCGUCAACAGCCUGCAGGGAGCCUUCAUCUUCCUGGUGCACUGUCUCCUCAAUCGCCAGGUGAGAGAGGAGUACAGGAGAUGGAUCAAGGGAUUCCGAAUGUUCAGCACGAAAUCUCAGACAUCCGAUCUAUCCAUGUCUGCUGUCCCCACCACCAGCACCAAGACGGAGUAACCCUUCUGCCAGGUGGAGUCAGCAUCAACCAGGGCUGGGUUCAACACCUAGGGGAUUCCAAUACAAAACAGAACCAGCUGGAGCCCCCUGUGAUGUUGCACUCCAUAUGCUUUAUGGAAAUAUGCUUAUGAAUAUGACAUAAUUGAAAUAUACUUUACGCUAAAUACCCCUUGCAUGGUGUUUUUAGAAAGCUUAUCAUCUGCUAAGUGUGUUCAUCCUAUUUGUUUGCAUGUGUUAUUUCUAUAUCUGAAGUUAGGAGAAUAAGAUAUAAACUUGUAUCACUGAAAAACAUACAAAGUGUGUAUGCACCCAUUAAGGGUGCUCCAGAAACAAUCAGUUGUAAAUGGCCUUAGUUAUUGGAAAGCCUCCCUGUGUACGUGUGGGCCAGCCCAUGGGGAAUGGAGACGAGGGGUCUUACAGUGACUUGUGCCCAUGUCACCUGAUAACAAAAUCCAUCUUAAAUCUGGUACUUUUCCAUUUAGCAGGAGGGGUAGGGACCCAGAGAGACAAAAGAUUCCCCUUUGUGCCAAAACUAUAAAAGGGGGUGGAGCAGGACAAAGCGCUGCCGGUCAUGAGAAAACCCCUGCUUACCACCUGAGAUGUCUACUGGAACUAACAGAGACUGUACCAGGGGAAAGGAUUGGGCCCAGACUAGGAAGAAGUCUGUGAAAGAAACUUAUUGGAACAUCUUUGAGGGUGAGAUAUUACAUUAAGAAACUGAUUACAGGUAUUAGGCUGAGACUUGUGUAAUUU